AUGCAAGUGCCGGUUCUCGGCUGCACUUUCCUCAUGCUGUCAGAUCGUGAGGAAAGUACUGCCAAGAACCGACAGUUGUCAGAGCGAGGAUCGGCACCGAUCAUCAGGGCACUGAUGAUCAGUGCCCUGAUGAUCGGUGCCCAGCAGUGCCACCCUCAAGUUCCGCCCACCUGUGCCCAGCAAUCACCCGCCUGUGCCCAGCAGUGCACCCACCUGUGCCCAGCAGUGCACCCUUUUGUGCCACUCUGCAGUGUCACACACCUCUGCCCAGCAGUGCCACCUACCUGUGCCCAGCAGUGCCACCCCUGUGCCCACCAGUGCCACCCACCUGUGCCC